AUGGUCAAGCUGGGCACAGCACGUGCCAGACGGGACGAGGCAGAUGGAGCAGUGGACGUGCUCGUCUCCCACCUGGCUGCCGGGUUGGCCUCGGCUGCCUUUGCCGACAUGGAGCUCUCCUCUCGCCUGGGUGACAUCGGUGACGUCCUCACUCCGCUCUUUGUCCCCUCCAUCGCACCCAUCCGCCCGACUGCCACCAUCGCCACGACCGCCACCACGGCCAGUACCGGCACUACUGCUGCCGCCACGAAUGCUGCCGUUGCUGCCGUCUCGGGUGAUGUCAAUCAAGAGUCGGCGGCGGCGGCGGCGCGGGCGGUCAUGCUGGCCAGGGCCAUUCCCGUUCAUGCCGUCAUUCUGGCCAUGCGAUCGCCAGUGGUGGCGCAGGCGCUGAAAGGACGGCGGCUGCGGAUGCGGAUUACGGGCGUGCCGCCUGAUGUGCUCCGGGCGGUGGUGGAGUACGUGUACACGGGAGAGUGCGAGCUCGAGAACGAGGGCUACUCGGAGCUGCAGCGUCUCGGCCAGCUCGCGCAUGCGGCGCAGCUGCUGGGCAUGGAUCAUUUGCUGGGCGAGUGCCUGAGAGACUUGGCUGUGGCGCAGCUGACAGUGGCCGACGCCAUCUGUCUUCACGGCCUCAUUGUGACGCUGCCGGCGAAGCUGGUCGACGCCAUUUCCUUCCACUGGAAGAGCUUCAUGCGGCGGCACUACGAGGAUUUCAUUCGGAUGGCGGCCAACGGCGAGAUUCACACCGGCUACGAGCCCGAGCGUGCCGACAUGCACGUACGCAUCCGGACGGGCGAUGUCAUUGCGCUGCUCUCGGCCUUGCCGCAGGACGGCGGGACUGCAGCGGAGCAGGUCGUUCGCACCGCCUGCCACCUGUACAUCGAGACCAACGCGUACGCUGUCCUCAUGUCGCCGCACUUUCUGCGCUCGUCGGUCGACUCGCUGAGAGUCGUCCUCACCUCGCGCACCUUGCAGGUCAAGGAGAAGCUUCUCUUUCAGGCUGUGCUCCAGUGGAUCCUCAUCGACCCCGCCAGCCGCGAGGCCGAGUGCACCGAGCUUAUGACCCACAUCAAUCUUGACAAGGUCCCGUCGCGUCUCCUGCUCGAGGCCAAGCGCCAGGGCUUUGAGUUUCCAGACAAGGCGUACAAAGCUGCGCUGGUCAAGCACCACCGAUCGCGGCACGUCCGCGACGUAGCAUACCGCUACAACCCACGGCUCACCGCCAUCAACAUGCACUCGACCAAGCGGCCGGGCAAGGACCUCCGGGCGCUGCGCGGUGGCGUCCGGUCGCAUCGCAACGCCCGCGAUGUAAUUUCUGCCUCCAGCUCGUCGAGCUCCCUAGAGGAGCUCGCUCGGUUCCAGCAGACAGUGCUCAACUCGCUCAAGCCCAGCGAAGCGCGGGCAAACCGGGCUACGACGGCCGGCGCCGGCGACGACGGGGAAUCAUCUUCGGCGGCGCCGCUCUCGCUCUCACGGUCGAAUUCAUUCGACAACACGUCGAUCGCUAGUUCGACCGCGUCGCAGCAGCCGUCGCCCAACCAUCCGCUACUCCGUGGGGCGGGUUCGUCGCUCUCGCGCGCCUGGCGGCAGAACUCGUAUGUCUCGCUCGUCAAGCGGGUCCGCAAACAGAACCACGUCCGUGCCCGCGGGACACGGCCCAGCGGUCUCGGCGGCGGCGGCGGCGGCGGCAGCGGCGAGACCACCGUGCGCCACACUCCACAGCCGCCGCCCGGACGGAGCCUUGGCCGCUCCGUCUCGGCCCGGCGGGUCCGCACGCGCGCGCCGCCGAGUUGA